AUGUUGGCCCCAACCAACCACAACUUCCACCAGCCCCUCUGGUUGUCCAACCGCCUGUCACCCAGGGAGGAGCAAGAGCUGGAGCUUGAUUUUUCAGACUCGGGGUUCCUAGGAGACACGGAAAAGUGCUGGAGUCACAACCCCCACUGGGAGGUCCACCUGGUCAGCAAAGCCAGGGCCAUGCUGGUCACCGAGCAAAGCCUGGUGUUGGAGAACAUCCGCAUCCACCUGUGUGACCACAGCCAGCUGGUGGUGAAGCAUCGGGUGCCAGACACAGGCAUGGACAUCCAGAGGCUGCUGGAGCUCCUGAAGCUGGACCCCCAGAAGGCUGAGGACAAGGCCUUCCUCUUCCAACUCUACGGGAUCUUCCUUCGAGAGUGUACCGAUGUAGACCUGGUGAGGAGGCACCUGACCUGCCUCCUGGAGUCCUCCCACCAGUCCUGCAGCCAGCGAGAGGGCAUCGCCCUCUCUGUGGGCUUGGCGUCCACCACGCACUUGGAGCAGGUGUGGGCCCUGCUGGAGCACAUGGGUCGCACCAGAUUCCUGAGGUGGGCCCUCCCAUCCCCAGGCAGCCAGGACAAAAUCCUAGAAUCGAGCUUCCUUUCCGCGUCCAUCCUGCUCACAAGGGUGCUCAGGCCGAAAUACGGCGCCCAGAACUACAAGUUCGCUCAGACUCCAGAGCUCAUCCAGUGCCUCCUGUGCAUCCUCCAGAAGGAGCCCGACUUCCUGGUCACCCUCUGCCGGCAGAAGAUCAUACUGGUCAUUGUGGGCCUGAGCAACCUGCGGCCCAGCCUCAAGCCCCUGGUCAAGUCCAGGAUCCUGCAGACCUGCCUGCAGAGUGUGUACCUGCUGCCCCCCACAGAGGAGUUGAAGAGCAAGUCCCCUCCAAUGGAGCCAGCCCCGGAUGUCAUGGCGCUGUACGGGAAGACGGAGAGAGCCCUGAACCUGCUCCUCCAGAACUUCUUCCUGGAGAACCCGAGCAUGGACGAGCUCUGCUUCCUCCUGCAGCACAUGGAACGCUGGCUGAGGUCGGACAAGAGCCACGAGCGCAAGCGGGCGGUGCAGUCCAUCUUCCUGCUCCUGCAGUAUGUGGUGGACUCCCUGAGGCUCACCGAAGAGGCCACGCCCUCCAUGCUGGGCCACCACAUAGGCCUGCUGACUCUGCUGUGUCGGGACAGGGACAAGGUCACCCGGAGCCGCUCUCAGCAGUGUGUCUCCCUCCUCCUCCAUCUUGCGGUUGAGCAGAAGGGGAGAGCGCUGGAAUUCACGCCCUGGAACAAAGCAAGGCACUUUGAAGUGAAGGCCUCCAAGGAGUGGGGGAUGAGGCUCUGCCGCAUGGUGAAGGCCUUUCACAGGGACCUGACGGUGGCGCAGCACACGCAGCUGGUCCUCACGCUGCUGCACGGCCUCCGCAGCCACAGCCACCUGCGCUGUGACCUGGCCUCCAGGCUCCUCCUCAUGAUCUUCCAGGACGCUGGCAUCAAGCUUGAGCAGGUGGCCGAGAUCCUGCACAGCCUGCUCCAGGAGCUGCCAGGCAUCCGCUUCAAGAGCGUCCAGCAGACCAUGAUGAAGGCCACGGCAGUGCUGGGCAACCAGCACACCCAGGAGGUGGUGGAGGUGACCCUGUCCCUGAGUCACACCCUAGAGAGGUGGACCCUGUUCCUGUGGCAGACCCUGGCCACCAACCUGCGGCUGGCCCGGAAGGUCAUGACUAUUCUGUACAUGAAGCUGAAGCUGCGGCCCCCCAGGGAGCUGGUCCAGCCCACCCACCAGGCCCAGCUCGUCUGCCUGAGGGCCCUGAACACCAUCUAUGAGCUCCUCUACACCCGCGAGUACAGGGCCACCGUGCGCUGGGCCUUCGCCGGCCUCUUCAUGGGCCUGCUCACGCAGCUGCACUACCUGCUGGAGCUGGGCAUGGAGGAGGGCCUCUCAGACUACCAGGAGGACAUCCUGGAGGACAGGCCCCUCGGGCCCUGCAGAACCUGCCUGGAAGCGCUGAAGGGCCUUUUCUGGACCACGGACUCCUGGGAGGUGUUCGCCCACGUCAAGCUGCUGGACGGCUGGCAGCACCUGGAGUGCCUGGACACCUACCCCGAGGGCGUGAGCCUCCUGGCCAGGGCUGUGUCCCACUAUGACUGUGAGGUCAAGGCCAUUCUGGGGCAAGCCAUCAUCUUCCUGAAGAACAAUGAGGAGCGAGACAACAUUGUGGCUAUUCUCAUCCUCACAGAGUUUCUCAAUAGUCCAGAAGUCUUCCAGCAUGUGAAUCGGAGGAACAUGGUCAACUUCAUGAACCAGAACCUGAAAAACCCCAACCAGCUGGUGCAGGCCAUGAGCCUGCAGGCCCUCAGCAGCAUCCUCAUGCACCAAAAGAAGGUGGCCCUGCUCCAGAGCCGGCUGAUGGAGCUGCUGGACGACUUCCUGCAGCCCGAGCCCAAGGAUCCCCUGGGGCUGAUGCAAAUUCUGGGUGACAUCCUGCACCGCCUGGGCGACCAGAGCGUCGGUGCCGCCAGUCUCAAGAUCGCCCAGCACCUGCCGCUCUUCUUCGAGGACGUGAGGGCAGAGGUGCGAGGAGGUGCCAUCUUGUUGUUCGGGGAUGUCAUCCACAGUGGUGGCAAGAAGUUCCGGCAGGCACUCAAGACCUCUGCCUUCCAGGCCCUGGUGCCGCUGCUCUUCCACCUGGCAGACCCCUGCCCUGCAGUGGUCAUGAAGACCAAGUUCACCUUCCUGCGCUGCGCCAUCUUGCUGAAGUGGGAGUUCCAGAAGGAGCUGUUCAGCAAGUUGGCGUGGGGCCGAGGCCUGGGUGCCGAGAAUGACGUCUUUAUCUACAUGGUGGAGAGCAACUUUGGCAACUACCACCAGUUUCUCAUGCAGGCCCUGACCUACCUGAACAGCCCCCACAAGAACCUGAAGCUGGCAGCCAUGAAGUUCAUUGGGGGAAUGCUUCAGGACUACUUUACUGACCUCUGCUUCCACCUAAAGAAAGGGGACAUAAGAACCCUCAAGAAAUACUUGGACACCCUCAGGCAGGACCCGGACUCCACGUGCCGCAGGUUCUACCUGAACUUCAUGGGGGACAUCAUGGAGCUGUCCCAGUAUGUGACCUGAGCCACGGGGCUCGGUCACUGCCCAGCCUG